AUGCCCCGUUCAGACGAAGCACAAGCCUUCUUCCACGCCGUAUACUCAGCCGUCCAAGAGAUCCCCCACGGCAAAGUCACAACAUACGGCCACAUCGCCAUGCUCGUUGGAACCCGUACCAAACCUCCCUCACACACCCAGAAACUCAAAUCACUAACAUCCAACAGCUCAAAGACCUCGUCAGAUCUCAACCUGGAGGAUCUCGCUCUCAAGCUGAUGCCCUCCAAGCAGAAGGCGUACAAGUCGAGACAAACGCAAUGGGCGAACACUCCGUUGACUUCUCCCAAUACGGCUGGUUCCCAGACCUACUCCCCUCAGAAGAAAACGAGCAAGGCGAAUGAAUGA